ACGAGUCAAUCCACGGUUUGAAAUUCUGGGAAGAUCCCUCCAGCAAAAUUAACCGCCAGUGGAGUGUGAUUGUGCGUCAAUUAGGACACCGGGUGUGUUUCAAUCGCGAAAUAAUGGGCGAUUUCUACUCAUGGAAUUGAUUUAAUUAAUGAAAUAUUUCAUUCGUACUUGGAAGAGACAACUUUCACCGUCCGUUUUGGAGUCGCCUGCGACUCAAUAAUUAUCGAGGUGGCGUGGGGCACGGCUGUGAUGGAGUUGCAGAGUUGGUUACUCUAUCAUCUGGUAGCUGUUACCGACUGCAACCAAGUGAUGCAGUCAGCAGCUACCGCAGGUGGAGUAUACCCAGCAAGUGGUACAGGUAGUAGAGCCCGAGAUUUGGGUCUCAGGGCGCAGAAGAAACUGUUGGGACGUGUUGUUUCCUCUGGGGCUGGGAGAUCACUGUUCAUCGAUGAUGCAACAACUUCAUUACUCGAUAAUCUGUUCAAACUCAUGGAGAGGGUCGCCAAGAGCCAUCCGGAUAUGGAUAAGAAACAGCCCGAAAAAGUCCUCAAGAAUAUCGUCAAAUUGUCAAUUAAGAUAGGAUUAUUACAGCGUAAUCAACAAUUGGGUCCAUCCGACGAGGCGAAAAUCAAUGAGAUAAGAACGAGCCUGAGAGCGACAGCAAUGGCAGUUGUCUCCUUUCACGAGCUUGAGUUCAGUUUUGAUCGUUUGUACUUAACGAGAUCCCUAGAGCGCUGCAGGACGGCGAUAAUAUCCUUAAUUAAACCCCAUCUCACCGACAAAUCACAGGACCGUUGCGACAUGGUCUUUGAUUUUCUCACCAAUCCAGAUUUUCUCGACUCUGUGUUUAGACAGGACUCCGAACACCGUCCAACUCUCGGUCUACUGGUUGGAGACGUGAAUAAAGCACUCGAUGCUGGGCAUCUUUGAUUUAAUCAAGUGGAAGACAAAGCGAAAUCAUUAGUUCAAUGGAAUGAGAGGAUUAGUCAAUAUCUCGACCAAUAGAACGGUAAAUUUUCAUCGCAAAAGUUGGACGUUUGACGAGAAUUUUGUGUCAUUUUAAAAAAUGGAGAAAAAAAUCAUUUUUGUUGAAAUCAAAAGAUGAAAAAUUCGAUUGGGAACGUCAAAUUGAGUAGUAAAUGCAAGACGGUGCCUUUUCAGGAUAAAAAUAUCUUAUAGAGGAAACCCCGAUUUUCAUUUUCUGGAAAAAGUACCAAAUUUGUUCGAUUUGCAGACGAACAAUAGAUGAAAUAUCACACGGAGAGAAAUGUUCAGUUAAAAUUACGGAACUCACAAUUCACUCACCGAUUACGGA